CCGCCCGCACUCGGCCACCGCACACAGUGCACGCGUUCUUCCUGGACAGGCGCGUGGAGCGGAUAAGACUCAAAUUCAGCUCCGUCCGAAGAAGCAUCACUCUGCAGGAGCAGGAGCGUGACGUCAUCCCGCAAGAGCUGCUAAAGCCCCGGAGCAGAAAAAGAGAAGAUAAACAAGUAAAUAAACAAUAAUGGAUCGCAAAAUUCCCGAUUUUUCUGGAACCUGGAAAAUGAGAAGUUCAGAGAACUUUGAGGAGCUUCUGAAAGCGCUGGGUGUGAAUGUGAUGCUGCGUAAAAUCGCCGUGGCGGCGGCCUCAAAGCCAUCGGUGGAGAUCACGCAGGACGGCGAGACGCUGUCAAUCAAAACCUCUACUUCAGUCAGGACCACCCACGUCACCUUCACCGUGGGACAGGAGUUUAACGAGACCACCGUGGAUGGACGGCCCUGCACGAGUCUUCCUCGCUGGGAGACAGACAGUAAGAUCAGCUGUGAGCAGACCCUGCAGAAGGGGGAGGGGCCAAAGACUGCCUGGACCAGAGAACUAACCAAUGAUGGAGAACUCAUCCUGACGAUGACCGCAGAUGACGUGGUGUGCACGAGAGUUUACAUCAGAGAGUGAAAGUCGAGAAAGAACGAAAAAAAGAAAGGCCUCCUUCCUUUUCCCAACAACAUCUUCCAACAGAUAACUCUGCCAAAGUUGACUCUUCCUGGCACAAACCGGGAUCUGCAUGUUUACAUUAGCUUUAGCCUCGGUUUCUGAAUCAACUCACAGUGCAUAAACCUUAAAGUCCUUCAAACUGACCAAACGUAUAAGUGAUACAGAACGUAAGAGACACCAACAGGCUGUUAACUGGAGUUUCCUUACCUGUUUUUCCUCCAUUUUGUAUACGAUGUCUGAGAUAAGAGGUUAUUGUUGAUUGUGUGGUACUGUAGGCCUUAUGUGGUCAGCAAAAACUGAUAUGAAUCUGCUUUCAAAGUAUUU